AUGGCCGCAGGCGGCGCGUCGGCGGGACCCUUGGACGGCAGCCCCGAGCCGCUGCUGGUCCAGCUCGCAGACCUGGACCUUCUGCGCAGCAACAGGGACCUGGUUGCCAAGCUGCAGCUGCAGCUGCAGAACCCGCUGGCAGUGCCCAUACUGGGAAGUUUGGCGGCCCUGCUGUUCAGCAUCGUCGCGCUCUACAGCUGUGCAGUGGCGGGGCAGAAGAAGAAGAAGCCGGCGGGCGGGACGAUCAUCACAGAGCAGGGGCUGCGGCGCUCCACCAGGGCUCAUAAACCACCUCCGAGGGCCUACACGCCCGAGAAGCCGUCGCCAGCGCCGGUGAAGACGCCCCGGGCAGUGCGACAGCCCCGCCGCCGCCAGCUGCCGCCGCUCGCUGUGCUUCUGUCGCUGCUCGUCGCGGCCCCUCCCGAGCCGCACGGCUUCCCGCUGCCUGCGCGGUCCCUGCAGAAGACCCCCAAGUCCACCAAGAAGGUGGAGACGGAGGCGGUGACUGUGACCCCCAAGGCCACGCGGCCGCGCGCCACCAGGGCGGCAGCCAAGACCCCCGCCACCGCGGAGCCCAUGACGACACGCACGCGGCGCGGCGCAGCCAAGACGCCCGCCAAGUGA